UUUAGUUUUAUUUAGUUCCUUGAGGGGCAGAGGGCUGCAACGACUCCUCGCCAACUGGUUUGUGUAGGGUGUGUCGUGUCCUACCCCACUUGCGAUCCUUGGUGUCUUGGCUAGUGGGAUGUUGGUUAGUUUUCAAACAGUCUACAUCCCGAUAUCUUCAGUCAGUAAGUGUCUUGUGCUCUGUUGUUACAAACAACUGGGAUAGAAAACUUUCAAGAAAAAUGAUGACACUGGAUUUUUUGCUGUUUUUCGGUGCUCUUUUCUUACUGACAAAAGAACAUUUAGGGUCUCCUAUCAUUACAAACUGUGAUGUGUCGAUAGUCCAGUGGAAGGUAAGUGGGACAUGUGUAGUUGAAAACAUGGACUCGUACUACGGAAACCACGUGUGCACAUGGCGAGUAAACAAUAUCCAGCUCAGGGGUUCUUUACAAGGUUCAGUUACUCGAUACUGGUUUGAUGGGAAAACCUAUGACAGAGGAGUUUGUUAUUUUACCCAUGUAAUACCUACAGACAAGGGCAACUACACAGUCAGCAUCAACAUAGAUUCAGGGUUAUGGAACACUGUUAAAACACUUCAUAUAGUGUCCCCAGGGGAUCCCAAGUACACGUGUCCUGAUGUCGUUCAGGAGGGAUCCAGUGUCACUUGUAAGUGCACUUCAUCAAAUCCAGGAAGUCCACCAGCACAGUUUGUUUGGUCAGGACUGAGUACUGACACUUUAUAUGUUCAAAGUGUUAAAAGAGAGGACAGUGGCACCAGACAUACAUGUUUAAUGACAUGGGGUCCAGAGAUGCCCAUUAGCCGUCAAGCUAUUAUUACCUUGAAAGUAGCAGUGCCUGUCAGCAUCGUUCGUUCAUCCUGUAGUGUACAGCUGUCGAAAUGGAAGGUGCAGGGAGUGUGUACAAUUCAGUGGCUGGAAAUGAACAACACUCCCGUGUGCAGGUGGCGCUACUUCUAUCAGUCUAGAGGUUAUGGAUCUUCUUCUGUUUCGCCGAAAUCUGUCGACUUAGGGGAAUUCCAAGGCUCUUCAACUUUUGUCACUGUUGAUUCCAUUCGUUACAAAAGAAGAAACUGUACUUUCGAACAGACAAUGCCUCUCUUGGAGAAUGAUUACAGCUACAGCAUAAGAGUAUCCUCACAUCCAGACGAUCAGUUUUCGAAAUAUAUUCGUAAAGAGCGUCCAGGACCACCUACACACAACUGUCCAGCCAUUGCAUAUGAAGGAUCCAGUAUUCAUUGUAUGUGCAACUCCUCAAAAGCAGGAAUUCCACCAGCAGAGUUUAUCUGGGAAGAAGUGAACAAUGAGAUGUUACACCUUCCAAAGGUUCAGCGAGAAAACAGUGGCAUCAACUAUACAUGUCAGCUAACAUGGGGUCCAAACAGACUCAUCAGCCUUGAAAAUGUUUAUAGCUUCAAUGUAAUAGUUCCUGUCAGCAUCGUUCCUGGUAGCUGCAGUGUGGAGCUGUCAGGAUGGAAGGUGUAUGGAGUGUGUACAAUCAGAUUGCUGUGGACAAAUAACCGCAUGUGCAAAUGGACACUGAAAAAGAAGAACAUAGAGCGAUCAUAUGAAGGAACCCAAAGUGCUUUCACCAGCAAAUCAGUGGAUAUUUAUUAUUAUGUAAACUGCUCCUUCAUGCAUCAAAUGCCUGUGGAUGAUGGCAAAUACACCUACAACAUCAGUGUAUCUUCACACCCAGCAGAUACGUUCUCAAGGACUCUUCAUAUCGAGAGACCAGCUCCACCUCAGCACAACUGUUCCAAUGUCACCCUCGAAGGCUCAAGUAUAAACUGCAAAUGUUUUUCUCUAAAUUUGGGAGAUCCACCUGCACAAAUUGGAUGGGUGGAAACAAGGGAAGAACAUUUUGCUAUUAAAGAUAUAAAGCGUGAACAAAACGGUUUCGUCGAUACUUGUCGUCUGACAUGGGGAGCAAUUAACUAUAGAACUCCGUACAUCGUUACAAUUGCAUAUGGACCUUCGGAAACUUACAUCAGCAGAGAAGAGUCCUCAGAUGAUAAAACCCAGACUGUAUUAAUUUGCACGGCGAUUGAUGUCUAUCCUUCUGCCGUGUUUCGGUGGAACAUCUCGUGUGACAAGGAGACUCACAGUGUAAACAUCAGCAGGUGCACUGUCUCUACCACCAAUAUACAGGACAACAUGGCAGUCGAGUGCAUAGCACACAACAACAUAUUUACAGACGUGUCUUCUAAUAGCACAUACGUGUUCAAGCCCGAACAAAAUUCUCUUCACGGGGGAAUAAUAGCGGGCAGUACUGCAGCUGUUGUUAUUGUCACUAUAAUUGUAGCAGUUAUCUUUGUUUACAUCAAAAGACGGAAAGAUGUCAACAAAAACAAGACACAGACUCCCACUGCACACUUCUAUGCUCCAUCUGGACAAUUAUACACAAUUGCAGGGAAUGUAACUACUGUUGACUACCGACAACACGAGUACAGUACAGUUCGUGAUACGACAAGCCUUGACAACAAUCCAAGGGCACAGACACCCGUUGUUCGCUUCACUGCAGCAUCUGGAGACCUGUCCACCAUCACUGGUCCAGCGCCUGGAGGCAACCAGAAGCAACUUACUUUACAGGAAGUAAUUAGGAACAGAGUACAUGCAUCGACAAGUAACAAUUGCAAGAACAAACUUUCGGAUCUGUCAGUGGAAGGCUACGUGAAUGUAACUGAAGUACCUACAGACUUUAGACCCGGUGUGUAUCAUAAUUUGCCAUGGGCUGCUAUACCUCAAACAGUGGGCUCUGAUGCAAGGGUGCUUGAUCAGUCGGUAAAUACAGAAGAUGAAUACAAUGUCCUUCGGUUCCAAGAUGAUCGUACUGGAGAAGAAGACCAUGCCGUUACCUACAGCCACCUACAGCCACCUUCACUUUAGCUAAGAGCCUUCUGCCUUCUUUAGCAAAAGUGAAUUGUAAUAUCUAGUUUUAUUAUUCAAUAAACACAUUCUUUUUUGCGUUUUCACAGUCCUAUUUUCUCUUCUAAAAUCAUCAAAAGUGCAAUGUUGACAGAUUGUUUCUCAACAUAGCUGUUGUUUUUGUUUUGUUUAUAUUCAUUGAGUAAGAGAAGCAAUUGUGAUAUUUUCUCGAUUUCGCAAUGACGAUACAGAGAACGAUUUAGGAAUAUGAGGUUUACAAAUUAAGUAAGUCAGAAUUUUCCACGUGUGAAUGUUUUUCCCUGUGAAGAGAUUUCGGAUUGAUUAAAUGCUGGAAAGACCAUGAAUGUAGGUGUAAGGGGGAGUUAAAAAAUUGACUGUGAGAUUCUCUUAAAUUUGUAAAUUUUUUUUAUAAUUUAUAAAUAUAUAUAAUUAUCAUUUGGUCUCUUUGUGACUUGUUUUGUAAAUAUUUUAAAUUACUGCGGUGACAAUGUAUAUAUUUCCCGGUGUAUAGUGUUUGUUAUACAUGAGAGUUGUCAUCACAGGAGUUUCUAAUGUAAAGAUAACUUUAUAAUGUAAGAAAACACAAGCAAGAUGUGUGCAAGAAAGGAGAUAUAUCAACAAAGAGUAUGAAAGAAACAAGCAGAAAGGCAGAGACCCUCGAGAAAUAGCGAAAACUAAACUGUAAUUGAGAAGAAAGGGUUUCUCUUUUACACUUCCACACAGCCACCCAUCCACUACAGACUCAUAAAUAUUUUGUGAAUAUCGGACUAUUAUGGAAAAUAAUAAAAUAAAUGUAGUAACAAUGUCAAGUAACAAAACGAAGCCUACAGAAACACUUUUCCUCGGGUUGUUAAAGGCGAAGACAAAUGCACAGUUACACUUUAGUAAGUGUUAUGUCGGUUAGGAGGAUGCCCAGACCCAUAUCUUACUGUCUGUGGAAUUUUUAGGACUAAAUAAGAUAUUUCCAUGUCAGUGCUGAAUUAUGAAGUUGUAUGGAAUUGCUGUCUUCUCAGCAGACUCUGCUCCCCAUCGUUUUGUCUGUGAACUAACCAUACUAAGACAAUAUGAUAUCUCAACCACGACAACACUGAAUGCGUUUAUGCAGGAACAUUGUAAGCGGAUUAGCUACACACGGAUUUAGAUGGCAAUGUCAGAUUGAACGAGGAAAUAAAUAAAUUUGAACCAAU